CCCCUCCUUCCUAUCCCACACCCUCACCAUCUCCCCCUCCUGUCUGGCCUCUUGGGGGCACCCUGAGAGGACCACAAUAUGGAGGUGAGGAGGUGGCUCUUUUGGACUUUGUGCUGGAGUUUUCCAACUACAAAGAAUAAUCUGCUUGGGAUUCUGCCUUGCCAAGUACAUUUCUGUGUACUGUGUUUUGGACUUCCCUGGAACUGCAUUAUUGGUGCUUUCCUUGUAAUUUCUACUUUUAAAAAUGUUUUCUGGAGAACCAACACUGCUACAUUGAGAAAAGAAAAAUCUACAGAGAACUUGAACAACACUAUAUCGGAGGUUAAAAUCACCAUUGAUGAAUCCUUGCUGGGGGACGCAACACCGAAGCAUGAAGACAAGCUCUCCAAGAACCCUGCCGACACACACGUUGUUCGGGAUCUUCUGGAUGAUGUUGGUGCUGGGCGAGGAGUUCUGCCUGAGGGCACCUACCAGCAGGACAAAGUUGGCGCAGCAGGACCCAAAGCCUUGAGUUCCAGUACUAAUCAUUUGGAAGAAAAUAUACAGAACCUGAAAGUCAACUGUGAUUCACUGGCAUUUGCCAAAGCCAGAAAGGAUUCCAAAUUCAAAACUCUGAUGACGCAGCUGAACUAUACUCUCAAAGACAGACAGACGGCUGCAGAGGAGGAAAAAAUGAUGGAGACACCGAAGCAGAUCCAUCUGGAUCAGCUGCUCGCCGAAAAAGAGCAAAAGCUGAAUCUGGUUACAGCAGAAAUAGAAGCCUGCAAGAGGAAAAUUCAAGAGUUGCAGAGAGAUCUGCAGGAGAAGGAGUACAUCUUAAUGCAACAGGUUACCGCCCAAUACAGAAAGUGUCAGGAAAGCUGGUACACAGCCAUGGCUUUGGAGUGGGAGCUGGCAUGGUACAACAGGGAGGUCAAGCGCUCGAAGUGCAGACUGGAUAUGAAGCAGCCACAAGAGGGGUACAAGAGGCAGAAUCCAGCAGUGGGAAGACCUGGCUGGCAGAACCAGACAUGGAGAGUUGCAGGUGCUCAUGCUGGUCCCAUGAGGAGCAGUGGCUUAGGCCCUGCUGAGGACUCCCAGAAGACAAAGGUCAACAUGGAGUCACCGAGGCACCCUCCUUCCCGGGGAAUGCGUUGCUACAAGAAUGCCCCUAAGCUGGUCAAGAACCGAAGGCUACGUCUGAAGUUUCAGAGCACUCUGGAAACGCUGUAUGAGUUGCCUGAGCCAUCCUAAACAUGCUGUGCCGAUGAUACACCUUGAAGAAAUGAGCCAUGUUCACUUCUCCUUGUUCUCCUUGCUCCUGUACACCUCUUCCCUCUUGGCAUCCUUAAGAAUGUUCCCCUAAUAAACCUCAUGUGAUCCUGUC